GGCAGGAGCCUCCCCAGGGGCCCCGCCCCAUCACAGGGUGCCCGACCGACCCGCCCCAGGAGCCCCAGCUGAGAGCCCGACUGCAUCAGGAGAGCACAGCCCAGCGGCAGGAGCUCCAGACUAGGUGGACAUCUGGGUCCCCACACAGACGGGAGCUGGACCACAGGAAGACAAGGACCCCUCAGGACAGGUUGCCGGGGCCCAACAUGGAGAAGGCAGGUGGGCCCCCGGCCCGGGCCAAGGCCCGAGUGAUGAGUGCCACGCUGAUGUGGCGGCAGCGGCCUCCUGCUCAGAAGGAGAUCAGACACCAUUUUCAUAAGGUGUCUCUGGUGUCAGGGACCCAGAUGGAAGCCCCCCGGGAGGAGAUGUUCGAGUACAGCCACUGUCAAGAGGAAGUCAAUGGCUUUGCUACACAGGAAGAAAAGACUGUGAAUUACCAGGGACCCCAGGAUGGGGCUGGCUCAAAGAGCUUUCAGAGCCAUGGGCCCAUCUUUUCCAAGAAGUACACACCAACCCCCAAGAAGAAGAGGCCAGUGGGGAGGCUGAAGGAGGCUGUGGACCAGGGUGAUGGCGGCCCCCAGCCCCCCAGGACUGAGCCCCCAGGCCCAGGAGCCCCGGCUAGGAAUGAGUUCUUGGUGCCCCUGCCUGUGCCCCGUGAGCUGAGCCCUCACCCAGGUAUGGGUCUCACCAGCGAGGGCCCCCGGAUCCGUGAGAAGCGGCGGGUGACAUGCACUGUGCGGACUACCACAGUGGUGGAAGGGCAGGUGGACCAACGGGUGAGCAGCUCUGUGACCGUGAGGCCGGUGCUACCGGGCAAGGCCCUGCCCAGAGGUCGCAGUGCUGCCCGCACGGUCCGGGCAGUGGUGGUGAGCCCCCGGGCUGAGGGCUCACCCAACCACAGCCAGGCCCUGGAGCUGCUAACGAGCCUUGUGCCUCCUGAGCGCAGCCCACCUGCCAUUCAGCUUCCCAGGCCCACAGUCAUCGUGCCAAGGAACCCAGGUCUGGACAGCACAACAGGGGCAGUCCUGGGGCAGCCACCUGGGACUGGGGCAACAGAGCCAAAGGAUCAAUCUGCUCUGGCCCCUGCAGGUAUCCUAGCCAGCACUCACCCACCUCAAUACCAGCAUGUCCCUGCAGCCUACCCAGACCAAGACCAGGGCAGAGCUUCAGAGGCCAGGACCCAUGAGGCCCCCAGGGUGCAGAGAGCCUCCAGUCCCACUCAACUCUCUCUCCAGACUUCUCAGGACCAAGUACCAGGAUCCGCCUCUCCCAGACUUCAGACCCAUACCCCCUCCCUGGGCCUAGUCCAUCCCCCAGAGCAGCCUGUGAUGCCCACUGACCCCAGGACUCAGCACACUCUCGGGCCCAGGGUGCCCCAUGACCUGCCCUCUGUAAAAAAGAAAGGACUCACGGAUCCCCCGGCUGCCACCACCCUGCCCAUGGUGAGGAAUGAGGUCACCAUGGCCCCUGGACAACUUGCUCCAUCCUCUGCAAAAAGGAAGUCUGCCCCCAGCGCAGAAGGUAUGUCUGCUCCGUCCUCCCCAAGCAAUAAGGUUGUUCAGGACUCUGAAGGUAUUUCUUCCUUCUCCCUUACCCAGAAAGAGGUUGUACAGGGUCCAGGUGCUCCUGCUGACCCAUCCCUCAUCCAGAAAGAAGUACUACAAGGCCCUGGUACGCCUGCUGCCUCACCCCUCAAACCAACCAAGGUUGUCCAGGGCCCAGAGGGCAGCCCCAGCUCAUCCUCCACCCAAAAAGAGGUUGCCCAGGGUGUUAAAGGCAGCCUGGCCCCUUCCCCCACCAAGGAAGAGGUUGACCAAGGCCCAAUUACUCCUGUUACUCCAUCUCCCAAACAGGAAAAUGUUGUGCAGAGCUCUGAAGGCAUUCCCAUCUUGUCUCCCACCCAAAAAGAGGUUGUCCAGGACUCUGGUGCUUCUGCUGCCCCAUUUUCUACCCAGAAAGUAGUUGUCCAGGGCCCUGCUGUCCUUCCUGCCCCAUCUUCCUCAGUAGACAAGGUGUCCCCCAGCCUAGGAGGCCCCCUCGCACCCAUGCCAUUGGGAGCAGAGGCCAGCCUGAAGUCCCAGCUUGUCCUUGACUCCACUGAGGACAAGAUGCUCCCAGAACCAUUGAGAGAGGAGGAUGAGGUGGCCCUGGCUGAGGACCUGGAGAUUUUCCUGGAUACCCUGCGGAGCAUGGAGCCCCCCGAGAUCCUCCGCACUCACUGGCUGCCACGAGCCCCCCGCUCCUCCUACCUGGCUAUGUACGCCACGCUGCCCACCAUUCAGGAGGACCAGCCUGGGCCAUGGGUGCUGGGACCCAGCCCCCAGGAGGUGCCAGCACUGGAGGAAAAGGAGGAGGAAGAGGAGGAGGAGGAACCAGAGAACCCCUACCUGAGCGACGAUGAGAAGCUCCAGCGCAGGCAGGAGAAAGCUGGGGCCAGCCCCUCCUGGGAACCCUGCACUGCCAAGCCUCCCCAGGACUUCCUCUCCCCUCUGGAGAUGAUGAAGAAGCAUGUAACAGAUGCCAAGGGCUCCCACCCAGAGCUGGAGCCUGAGCGGCAGGCUGGCAGCAGGCCUACUUCCCGUCUUGGAGGCAGCCUUCUCUUUGGUAGUCUGGUGCCUGCCACCAAGGAGGCCCCCACCCUGGAGCCACUGGGUGCAAAACUAUCUGCUCUGCCGCCCCAUGGGGCACCGGGGCUCAAGAAGGUGCCGGGACAGUUGCCCCUGCUCUGCAGUGAAAGGCCAGCGCCAGAGAAGCCUGCCCAAGCCCAGUCCCCGGAGGGGUGGAGUCCAGCAUUGAAGACCCAGGGCAAGCUGAAUACCAGGCCUGGAAAGAUGAUUCUCUUCUCGGAGCCCAGCUGCCAGGGCAGCAGCAGGGAGGUCUGGGAAGACAUUGCCGAUGCCUCAGGCUGGGCCCUUGUGGCCUCCAUAAGGGUGGUGCGAGGCUGCUGGGUACUAUAUGAAGAGCCAGAGUUCCGGGGCCGGAAGCUGGUCCUGCCCGAAGGAGAUGUGGAACUCCGAGCCCCAGGGACAGAAUGGAGUCCCAAAGGCAUUGGCUCUCUGAGGAGGGUCGUCCAGGACUACAGCACCCCGGAGAUCAGCCUGUUCUCUGAGGAGGACCUCAAAGGGGAGCAGGUGAAGCUAACCCAGGCCUUAGAGAACUCCCAGGACUUAGGGAAGCCCCUGCAGGUGGCAUCUAUCACUGUCUCUACAGGACUGUGGCUGCUGUACCCCAAACCCUUCUUUGAGGACACGCCCUGCAUCCUGGAGCCUGGAGAGUACCCCACCUUGGAGGCCUGUGGCACAUCCGACCCCAGUGUUGGUUCCCUGAAGCCUGUGACAUUGGGCUGUCCCAGCGUGGAGAGACCAGGGGAGCCCAAGGCUGUGGUGUUUGAGGCUCCAGGUUUUCAAGGCCAGAGCUGGGAAGUGAGCCGAGACAUCUACAAUCUGAAACAGCCAGAGGACAGCCAGAGCCCCAACCUGGCCUCUGUGGGGUCCCUGAGGGUCCUUGGGGGCUGCUGGGUGGGCUAUGAGAAGGAGGGCUUCCGGGGCCACCAGUACCUGCUGGAAGAGGGGGAAUACGCCGACUGGUCACACUGGGGAGGGUACGACAAGGUGCUGACCUCCCUGCGGGUCAUCCGCACGGAUUUCGCGGACCCGGCCGUGGUGCUGUUUGACAGCAUGGAUUUCAAGGGGCCCAGCGUCGAGGUGACCGAGGCGUUGCCCGACGUGGAGCAGGCGGGACACCAGCCGUGUACGAAGGCCAUCCACGUGCUCAGCGGCGUGUGGGUGGCCUAUCAGGAGGUAGGCUUCUCCGGGGAGCAGUACGUGCUGGAGAAGGGCGUGUACCGCAACUGCGAGGACUGGGGCGCGAGCAACAGCGCCCUCGUCUCGCUGCAGCCGGUCCUGCAGGUCGGGGAGCACAAUCUGCACUUUGCCUCAAAGAUUCAGCUUUUCUCCGGCCCCGACUUCCUGGGCGACCACAUCUCCUUCGAGGAUGACCAAGCCUCUCUGCCCCCCUCCUUCCAGCCCCAGUCCUGCCGGGUCCACGGCGGCAGCUGGAUCCUGUUCGAUGAGAAGAACUUUGAGGGUGACCAGCACAUUCUCUCCGAGGGCGAGUUUCCCACUCUUACGGCCAUGGGCUGCCUAGUCUCCACGGUCCUGGGCUCUCUCCAGAAGGUACCCCUGCACUUUUCAGAGCCUUCCAUUUUCCUGUACGGGCUGGAGUGCUUUGAGGGGAAGGAGAUUGAGCUCAACAGCGAGGUGCGGAGCCUGCAAGCUGAGGGCUUCAACAACCAUGUGCUGUCCGUGCGGAUCAAGGGGGGCAUCUGGGUGCUGUGUGAGCACAGCGACUUCCGGGGCCGCCAGUGGCUGGCGGGCAGCUGUGAGAUCACCAACUGGCUGACAUACAGCGGGACCCAGAGGGUGGGCUCCCUCUACCCCAUCAAGCAGCGCCGGGCUUAUUUCCGCCUCUGGAAUGAGGCCCUGGGGGGAUUCCUGGCAGUGCCAGACCAUGUGGAGGACAUGAAGGCGGGCCGGGUGGUGGUCUCUGAGCCCCGAGCUGGAGACAGCUGCAUCUGGUACUACGAGGAUGGGCUACUGAAGAACCAGGUGGCCCCCACCAUGAGUCUGCAGGUGAUUGGGCCCCCCAGCCUGGGCUCCAAGGUGGUGCUGUGGGCUCAGAGCCGCCUGCCCCGCCAGACAUGGAGCAUCAAGGAAUCGGGCCACAUCUGCAGCCAGAUGUUUGAAGAACGGAUCCUGGAUGUGAAGGGAGGCCAGGGCUACGACCGGGACCACGUGGUGCUGUGGGAGCCAGCCAAGGACAGGGCCUCCCAGAUCUGGACCAUCCACGUGCUUUGAGCCCCCCUCCCCUCCCUCGUCCCUUCCUGGAGCCCUGGAGGGUGUUGCUGGGAUGAAAUGUUUUCACAGGUUUUGUUGUUGUAAUGUAAGCUGUUUUCUAAUAUACUCCCAGGUACCCUCGUCUCUGUGCAUCUUGACAUUUGGGAGGUGGGGUGGGGGCCAAGGAGAGCACUUUGUCCACCUGCCAUCUUCUCCAACACUCAGGCUGGCUUCUCCCCUCCCUGCUCCAGUUCCAGGGCUCGGAUGCAAGGCCUCCCUCUGCCACCAGAGGGAGCCCUGGGACCGGACAAACUGGUGAGUGUGGCCCUUUAUGCAGUCACCCCAAAUGAUGUGUUCUAAGAGCCUGCUCUGUGCCAGGUCUCACAGGACUGAGGGGCUCUCUGAGCCUCUGUAACUGGGGAUAUCCAGGGUCUAGGUCGGGGGCAGGGGUGUCCUCUGGGACCAUCAUUCCCAGACACCAAGGGGCGGGUGAAGCAAAUGCAACUAAAAAGGGAUGACAGGUCUGGACCUUGUCCCUGCAAGGUGAUUCCAAGGGCAAGAGCCCUCAGCAUUUGGAAUUUUUGGGUAGGGAAGCUGGAGUGGCAACUCCCUGGUGCCACCCCUCCA